CUCCUCCAGCCAAGCAGCGUGUGUUACUCCGGGCUGACGGAGCCUGCUGCUGCGCCUUCUCUACCUCACCCUGCUGCAGAGCGAGCGGAGCGGCAACGACGCACCGCCGCCUCCUCCUCCUCCUCCUCCUCCUCCUCCUCCUCCUCCUCCUCCUCCUCCUCCUCCUCCGGCCGCAGCCACGGAGCCACGGACCCGGGCCGGAGCCGGGGAUGGCGUCGCUCGGCGUCGGGCUGCAUGUCAGCCGGCAGCGGGUCUCAGGACGGAGCACCGCGGUGGAGAGGAGGAACCUGCUGACGGUGUGCAGGUUUUCAGUGAAGACUCUGCUGGACCGCUCCUGCUUUGAGACAAUAGACGACACAUCUCCAGAGUUCGUUAACUUUGUUUCCAUCCUGGAGCACAUCCUUAGUCAUCGACUCAAAGGUCAGACAACUUGGUUUGGUUAUGAGAGUCCUCGGAGUUUCUGGGAUUACAUAAAAGCUGCCAGCGGUAAAGUCCCUCAUAAUUGCAUCCGAAGCAUCGAGAGCAUGGAGAAUGUGCGAUCAUCGAGAGCUAAAGGCAGGGCGUGGAUCCGAGUGGUCCUGAUGGAGAAAAGAUUAUCAGAAUACAUCUCAUCUGCACUGAGGGAGUUCAAAACCACCAGGAGGUUUUACGAAGACGGAGCGAUCAUGCUGGGAGAGGAGGCGGUGCUGUUGGCAGACACAUUCAUCGGACUCAACACCAUUGACUUCAGCUUCUGUCUUAAAGGAGAGUGCCUGGACGGCAGCUGCCUCGCCGUGAUCGACUACGCGCCUUACCUAAAGUUCCCUCAGAAUGCAGACAGCAUCAGCAGCGACGAGGAGGAGAUGAGGACUCUGGGGAGCAGCGGCAGCGAGAGCAGCACCCCCGACAAAAUGGCCACCGCCGCCUCCAUCUUCACCGAGCAGAGCAACUUGGUCAGCAAGUGCAAACGCUUUGAGCAGAAGUACCGAAUGGCGCUGGAGCAGAAGGGUUACCUGGAAGAGCUUGUUCGUCUGCGAGAAGCCCAGCUGUCCGAGGCUGUGUCUCAUAACAAAUCUCUUCAGCAGAGCCUAGCAGACACACACCUUUCCCACACGCUGGAGAAAGAACAGCUUGAGUACAUCGUACUGGAACUACAGGACCAGCUGACGGUGCUGAAGAACAAUGAUUUGCGGUCCAGACAAGAGCUGACAGCCCAUCUGACCAAUCAGUGGCCAUCUCCGGUCGUCUUGGAUGCCAACGCCGUUGCCUUGGACACGCUGCUGUACAGGAAGAGCACGGGACAGUGGGAGGAGAAGAGUUUCCAGAGUCUGGAGCAGCUGUCUGCAGGGCUGAGUCUCUCCCAGUCGUCUCUUGAACCGUCACACACACUGAGUCUGGAGGCGAGGCCGACAGGCACACUCUGGCCCCAUCCAGGUAAAGAGGAAACUCCGUCUCUGAGAGGUCUGUGUGGCUCCCUGACAUCCGUCGCAAGCUACAAGUCUCUGUCCAGCCUGAAGUCCAGCGAGUGUUUGGCCAGUCCUGCAACGGAGAUCAGCAGCCCGGGCUUCACUCCGUCAUAAGGAACUUAACAAACAGAUCGCCACCAGGGUCAGACAAUCCAGGAACUUUCUACAUGUAGGUAAUAUUGAUUUAUGUUCUGUUUGUGGAGCCCACUGAGCUUUAACAGAUGGAAGUCAGGUUGGCAAGUUGAGAAUCCAGCAGCUCCAUCAGACCGAAAAAUGUCUUAUUAAUGACUCUUUAUAGAGGAUCUCCUGCUGUGACUUCAUCAAUAUGUUAUUUUAUCUAGUUAUCUGUGGAGCAUCAGUUUUUUUUUUCUUUAUAGGAAAUAAAUUAAAUUAAUACAGUUGAUGUAAGAAUUGAAUGGUUUCCCAGGAGAUCAUAGCAUGCUGAAAAUACUGACUAGAUCAGAUCAGAGUUACUACGCGUAAUUUCCUGCAGUUGAAAGGGUCUUUUUUUAUCUUCUGUGCUGCUACUGCUGCCACUGAAUUCAUAUCAUUGUUUUUAAAUCUAGUAAUCUCUUUGAUUUAUGAUGAAUGUAUCUCCAAUUAUGUCAGAUUCUCAUCAACAUUGUGUAAGGUGUAAAUGUUUUCUCAAGUUUUUUUUUUUUAUCUGAUCAGUGUUAUGUUGUCAAUGUCGUGCAUAAUGUAGUUGUGACAUGGUUUUGUUCUCAGGUAAUGAUCCCUACAAUUAAUAUCCACCCUUCACUUCUGUGUUUACUUUAAAGAUCAGCUUUAUCAGACACAGACUCUUUGUUAUUAUUCCCUUUAAUUAUUCAAAUGCAGUAUUUUAAUGGCUAGUUACCACAAAUCGAUCAUUCCUAAAACUCUGAAUACUGAUCUGUGUUAGGGCCCAGUAUCUUGCAGCAGAUAUUUUUGAGAUUGAGAAACAAGUGGUUUUGUGGAAUAUCAAUUAAAGUAUUAUUGGUGACUAGCAGUGUACCUCAACACUGAGUCAUGACUUUGCCUUUAGCUCGUUCCAGCAGUUAUUUGCACAGACAUGCAGCAGAUGUUUUAUUGGAUUUGUUUUGCCUUUUUAUCCUUCAUUUUGAAUAAACUGCACAGUGAAAA